CAAUAGAGCGCAUGACGUCCAAAUCACGUGGCCUCAUUGACCACAAUAUGUAAUAGCAUUGUGAUUAAUAGAUAUUGAUGUGUAAAUGGUGCUAUGAAGAUAUUUUAUUUGUUUAAUAAAAUUUCUAGUUAUAAAUAAAACAAUUAACAUAUAGAGCAAUCAACGUAGAGAGUUUUCCGUAUUUUUAUCCAGAAAAAAUUAAAAUGAGUGAUGAUGAUCGAGACAUCGACGUAGAGAGCGACGAAGGUGAUGAUUCUGAUUCUCGUCAAGCAACAGGCAGACAAAAUUCCGGUAAUCAGUAUUAUUCUCAGGCAGAGAAGAGAGCACAUCAUAAUGCUUUGGAGAGGAAACGACGUGAUCACAUAAAAGAUAGUUUUAGCAGUUUAAGAGAUUCUGUGCCUGCCUUAAAUGGCGAAAAAGUGGCCAGCCGAGCUCAAAUUUUAAAAAAGGCUGCAGAGUAUAUUCUCAUAAUGAGGAAAAAGAACAGCUCCCAUCAACAAGAUAUUGAAGAUCUAAAAAGACAGAAUAGCUUAUUAGAAGCUCAAAUUCGUACAUUAGAAAAGGCUAAAUCAACAGGGUCAUACAAUAUAGAUGCUGAUAUCAAAGAUGGAAUGUACAAUGAAACUGAAUCAGAUACAUCAGAUAACGAAGGUUCAAUGCAACCAAGGAGGCCCAAGAAAAUGAAAGUAGGGUCUUAUCAUUAGCACAGGAAACGUUUUUAUAUAUUAAGUAGACUAUUCACCAAAUGGUACAAUAUCGCAUACUAAAAUUCUUGAAGCAUCAAGGGAAAACUUCACUAUGUAUGAAAAGAAAAUUUCAGUGUUUACUCUGAAAAGCUUUCUUAAUCAAGGGACUUUUUUAUUAACUGUUAUAAAUAUAUAUAUUUUUAUCUUUUUACAUUCUUAUUUGGGGUUUUAUUUUUAAAAACCCUUUUAAGAUGCUUGUAAUACUUUAUAUUAGUGAAUACUAUGUUUGUAGUUUUAUUACAAACCUAAUGAUGAAGUCUAAAUUAUCUACUUUAUAAUUAACAAUUUUUUUUAAAUAAAUGUUGAUAAGUUA